AUUCAAACGUCCUCGUGCUGUCCUGACUGCGGCGAUCCGUUGGAAAAAUUCAAGAAGGUGCCCAAUCCCGGGCCAUACCGACGAACGAAGCAGCCAGAAGUAUUAUGCCAUGGUCUGUUAAGAUGCACAAACCAAAAAUGUAAACAUGAUCAUGACUAUAAAUUAUGGAAUCGAGACUUGGCUGCAGUCCUUAAUUUUCGCAAGAUCCUGUUUGGCCAUCGAGAGAAUAACGAAAGGCCGACACUUUUCAAGAGGAUGCGGGCCGAAGCGGAAGCCUUGAGUAGCAAGAUUCCAAAACAUUCAUGA